UUAGGUCCCGCGUUGCGAGUACCGUUAGCUCAAAUUAGCUUCGGAUACAGUUCAUUAUUGUUAUACCGUUUGGUGUUUGAAUCGUAUUCAUACUUUUUAUUGUGAAUAGUUGUUACAGCCAGGAGCUACCAUGGCGAGCCGCGUCUCUUUACACUCGCAGCUCACCUCCAUCAUGGAGACAAUGGUUAUGUCCGCCCUGAAGCAGGUCUGUAAGCUGGUGGAUGAAGACUCUGCGGAGCUCCGUGUGGGGUUGUCUCAGCUCAUGGUGGCUAAUUCAGCCCUGGAAGAGGAAGUCAACAGUCUGGAGUGCGAGCUGACGACUGUGAGAAGCGAAGCUCCUGUGUUGUGUACAAGUAUUCGCAGUGUAGGCGUGCAAACUGUCUGCCAUAAGGACGGGGACGCUCAUGUGUCUGGGUCGCCCAUCAUAGAGGGGAUCUUUGGAAAAGAUUGGUGUAUGAAUCUGUGGAAAGACAGAGACCCAUGCAGUCUGGGGGUAGACUCACCAAAGGGCUCUGACUCUGUGGCGACACAAUCCAACCAGAGUACUGUAACUGAAAUCAAAGAGGAGGAUUGUGUGGAGGAAGCCUCCAGCAGCUGCCAGCAGGAAACACUUUGUAAAGAAGAACAUGAAGAAAGCACAGCAGAGGAACCAGAGUCAGUCGGUAAAUCGGCCCAUGGCAGCACUUGCAGCCUGUCAUUAGAUCAGGAUGGAGAACAGGUUGUGUGUGCAGCGGGUAUGGAAGAACCACUCAUGCAGCUGACAUCCAUCAAUGACACAGAGGAGGCCUUCAGCACUCUUAAUAUUCCAAUUGAAGAGGAGGACGAUAUACCUCUCCCUGAAGAAAUUCAGCAAGAGCUUAUGAAAAACACUAAAGGUGGUCGCAGAAACUCUGAAAACAUCCCUGCUGUGGCUGAUGAGUUACUUAAUGACUUCAAUAUGGUUAGUGUAGAAACCGCCGGAGUUCAAGACAAGGACAUAUUUACGUGCCAAAUAUGUAACAGGACUUUCUUCCACAAGCGCACUCUAACAAUGCACAUGAAGUCCCACAAGUCAAACUUUUGCAAUAUUUGUAAGCAGAAUAUUCCUCGCAAAUACAAGUGCAAGUCGCACAUCUGCAUACCUCCGUUUCAGCCUAACAGAGACGGUAAAUCAUGUGAGUUCUGUGGGAAGACCUUUGCAACCCCAUCAGCUGUGAGGAUUCACAAUCUAGUCCACACUGGAGAGAAACCACACAGCUGCAGUUUUUGUGGAAAAGGGUUCACCCAACUAGGCAAUCUGAAAUCUCACCUACGUAACCAUACUGGAGAUAAACCGUUCCGCUGUAUUACAUGUGGGAAGACAUUCAUACAAAAGGUCCUCCUCAGCCGUCAUUUAAAGGCAAACAAAGAUCAUCAGGUCUGAUAGUCUGGACACAUCUUAAAGGUAUAACGCCUUGAUUGUGGUGUGAGGACAACAUUAUGUUCUACUUCUCACAUUAGUGAUGUGAGAUAAUGUCAUGUAUGUAGACUUGUAGUAUCUACAGGAGUCUUUAAAAACAAACAAGUAUUAAGCAAGUCACUGUUUAGUGUCAAGUUAUAGUUAGUUAUUUCUGUUUUUGCAAUGAAUGUUCAUUUUAUUAAACUUUUAUUUGACAGAACUCUCCUUUUUAUGAAUUACGUUAUGUCUAAGCUAAACUUCAACUUGAAUAUUCGGUUUUAUCAGUGGUGUCUUGCCAUUUUUUAUUUCGUACUUUUAUAACCUGAAAAGUGCACAUCUGAUGCAGCUCUUUAAGAGGCAUGCAGUUAGUGAAAAGGGGGGGUUACCGCAGCAUCCGGACUAAAACCACCAGACUCGGGGACAUUUUCCUCCCAUAGGCAAUAAGACUAUUAAACACCGGAACUUGAAACAUCAUAACAUUAAUCUGGCUGCUACUUAGAAAUUAUUUAUCUAAUAAAUGAAGCUCAGCGCAAGUUCUUUCAGGAAGACUGGGUACAUUCACUCCACAGCUGCAUAUAAUCAGCUGAUCACGGGCGUUGUCUAUAACCUAUUACAUUCACCUCAUUCUCAGCAGCCAAUCACUGUGCUGCAGCCAAACUUUAAAAUGGUUCUCCUCUCCUGCAGUCAGCUGUGAUUUCAGGUUUUCAUGCUGCUGCCCGCCCGCAUCCACCCCAUCCACCUCCUUUCAUCAUAUCCAGUGCCAGGAGAGUUAACCCAAAGACCUCAUCACACCUCCUCUUCAUCCCAUCUCAUCAAAUCCAG